AUGUAUAUAGUCUUCUCUCUUAUACUUAGAACCGAUGAUCCCGAUUCUAAUCAGUAUGUAGAUACCUCCAAUGUCGAUGACUCCGUUAUCCACCCUCCUAGAUUGCCUAAUGAAGGUGUUGAAAUUGUUCCAUAUCGAAGCAUUUCAGCUUCUAGUAAAUCUCCCAUUGUUGAUAUAUCGGGAAAAGACCCAAGAUUAUCUAUGAUCUUAGGAAUGGACUAUGUUUCUCGUGCUUCAACACUGAGGAGACGCAUAAGCUUGAUAGAGAGCAUGCAAGAACUGUCAAGCAAUGAUUGUGUCUGGCUCUCUGCUCUCUGUGCAGCAGUUGAUACUCCACCUGAUGCCAACAUUUCUGCUGCUUUCCGUGCUCUGCUUCGAAAGUGUGCAAAUUUGCUUGCGGGGAAAUCUGAGCUCGAUGAUGAGGUUGCCAUGCUGAAUAUUCUGGCCACAAUUUCUGGCAAGUAUUUUGGUAAAAUCUGAAAGAUGAAAUUUGGAUGUCUAUUUAACAUUUCUGCUAUUAUUGUAGAUCAUUUCAAGUCGAAGAUUUUUUGUUUUCAAUCUCAACUAAACUACUGCCCAUGCAAUGGGGAAGAGUCCAUGAUCAUGAUCACCAUCCUAGGCAACUGCAUUGAGUAACUGACCCCCAUCCUUGCCUUUUAAAAAACAUUCAUUCAAUCCAAUGAAUGGCCUACAACCCUCUUUAAAUUGUCUAUGUAAUGCCUCUAGUCAUAUAUAAAUCCUCUUGAAGACUUGGGUUUUGUUAACGUAU